GGAAGGAUUUGGCGGCGCACCCGGGCGGGGGCGGAAGUGGCGCGAGGGGCGGAAGUUCCCCCGCCCCGGCGCUCCCGCUCGCUCGGUCCGUGGGGCUGCGCCGCGCCGUUCAUGGAAGAGAUGUCGGGAGAAAGCGUGGUGAGCUCAGCAGUGCCAGCGGCGGCCACUCGCACCACCUCCUUCAAAGGCACCAGCCCCAGCUCCAAGUAUGUGAAGCUCAACAUUGGCGGUGCCCUCUACUACACCACCAUGCAGACCCUGACCAAGCAGGACACCAUGCUCAAGGCCAUGUUCAGUGGCCGGAUGGAAGUCCUCACUGACAGCGAAGGCUGGAUCCUCAUCGACCGCUGUGGCAAACACUUUGGGACCAUCCUGAACUACCUGCGGGACGGGGCUGUGCCACUGCCGGAGAGCCGCAGGGAGAUCGAGGAGCUCUUGGCUGAGGCAAAGUACUACCUGGUGCAGGGGCUGGUGGACGAGUGCCAAGCAGCCCUGCAGCAGAACAAAGAUGCAUAUGAACCGUUCUGCAAGGUACCAGUCAUCACGUCCUCCAAAGAAGAGCAAAAACUCAUAGCCACUUCCAACAAGCCAGCAGUGAAGCUGCUCUAUAACAGAAGCAACAACAAAUAUUCCUACACCAGCAACUCGGAUGACAACAUGCUGAAGAACAUCGAGCUCUUUGACAAGCUGUCCUUGAGGUUUAAUGGGAGGGUGCUCUUCAUAAAGGAUGUGAUUGGAGAUGAGAUCUGCUGCUGGUCUUUCUACGGGCAGGGGCGGAAGAUCGCCGAAGUCUGCUGCACUUCCAUCGUCUAUGCUACUGAGAAGAAACAGACAAAGGUGGAGUUCCCGGAAGCCCGCAUCUACGAGGAGACGCUGAACAUUCUGCUCUACGAGUCGCAGGACGGGAGGGGACCCGACAACGCGCUGCUGGAGGCCACGGGGGGGGCCGCGGGGCGCUCCCAUCACCUGGAGGAGGACGAGGAGCGGGAGCGCAUCGAGCGCGUGCGGAGGAUUCACAUCAAGCGCCCGGACGACAGGGCCCAUCUGCACCAGUGACUGCUGCGGCGCUGCCCGGGAGCGCUGCCCCUCCUCUGCUCCAGCUCCUGCAGCACGGGAGCAGCGCUUCCCCUCGCGCUCAACGCGGGCUGUACAUUACGUUUUGUAACAAACUAGGUCAUGUUGGGGUAUUUAAAUGCAGUAGUUGUAGGGCAAGGAUCGAGGAGGUGACUGGGCAGCCCAUAGAUACGGUAAGGACCUGUUGAGCAGCUGGAGAAAUGCCCUGAACUUACAGCACUCUUGUCUUUGCUAUAGAGAGGAAGGGGGCUGGCUUCCUUUGGCUUUAGUAACUAUCCUGCACUUUAAA